AAAUGUCUGCCGUUCUUCGCGCAUAGAUGCCGUUCCGGCCGACAGCAGCCAGUCGCUCUUCUUUACUUCCAAGCAGCGAUCAGCGUUCCGUGUGUGUCCAUCGCUAGGUGUUUGUGGUGAAUCUUCCGCGAGUUCACCCGACCGAAGGGGACGGGGCUUCUGCCAGAGACAUGGCGGCCGGCAGCAGCGUGGCUCAGAAGACGUGGGAGAUGUCGAACAGCAUGCAGGAGGUGCAGAGCGUCGACGAGAUCUAUAAAUACGACAAGAAGCAGCAGCAGGAGAUCCUGGCCGCCAAGCCGUGGACCAAGGAUCACCACUACUUCAAGUACUGCAAGAUUUCGGCCCUGGCGCUGCUGAAGAUGGUGAUGCACGCGCGUUCGGGCGCCAACCUCGAGGUGAUGGGGCUGAUGCUGGGCAAGGUGGAUGGAGAGACCAUGAUCAUCAUGGACAGCUUCGCCUUGCCGGUGGAGGGCACCGAGACGCGGGUGAAUGCGCAGGCGGCCGCCUACGAGUACAUGGCGGCCUACAUCGAGAACGCCAAGCAGGUCGGGCGCCUGGAGAACGCCAUCGGCUGGUACCACAGUCACCCCGGUUAUGGGUGUUGGCUGUCGGGGAUUGAUGUCAGUACUCAGAUGCUCAAUCAGCAGUUCCAGGAGCCCUUUGUGGCAGUGGUUAUUGACCCAACUAGAACCAUAUCAGCUGGAAAAGUUAAUCUUGGAGCCUUCAGAACAUACCCUAAGGGCUACAAACCGCCGGAUGAAGGACCUUCAGAGUACCAGACCAUCCCGCUAAAUAAAAUUGAAGACUUCGGUGUGCACUGCAAACAGUAUUAUGCCCUAGAAGUGACGUAUUUUAAGUCUUCCCUCGACCGCAAACUGCUGGAACUCCUUUGGAACAAGUACUGGGUCAACACUCUGAGCUCCUCGAGUCUGCUGACCAAUUCAGACUACACCACAGGGCAGGUGUUUGACCUGUCCGAGAAGCUGGAGCAGUCAGAAGCUCAGCUCGGAAGAGGCAGCUUCAUGCUCGGCCUGGACACACAUGACCGCAAGUCGGAGGACAAGCUGGCCAAAGCUACACGAGACAGCUGCAAGACAACCAUAGAAGCAAUCCACGGCUUGAUGUCUCAAGUUAUUAAGGAUAAACUCUUCAAUCAAAUCAACACCUCUGCCAAUUAGCAUUGCUGAGCGGGAUAUUGGGUUAUUUCUCAGAUGCAAACUCUUUUGCCUUUUUUGUCAGCUAUUAUUUCCCAGUGUUAAAUAAUAGAUUUAAUUCUUAUAAUAUUGCUUUUAAUCUGAAAAUGUUUUUUUUUUUUUUUUUU